CGUAACUGUGUCAACAACCCGAUGUGAUUGAAGCCAUCUGCACACAAGGGCUCUGUAGCUUCAGGCUGCCUGGAGGAUCUGUGCCGAAAGCUUGCCUGGCCAGUGCCAUGAGCGCCUUGGUACGUUGCGUGCCUCGCAGAAUCACCACCCGAGUGACUUCACAGGGCUCAGCUGGAUCCAGGGGACAUGGAGACAUGUAGUCACGGCUAACAUGACAGGAGGAGCAUUCAGCAUCUUAAAGAGACAAUAAAGGACUUGCGUGCCACGGCUUCCACCACCCCUUCUCCUCUCCUCCCCACCCCCAAAGCCAAGGCAAAAGUCCCACUUAGUGGCGAUGAAUAGCAUGUCUGUUCCAGCAGCUGUGCUUUCCCUCCCACCCAGCCAAUGCACUGGAGAAUCCAGAAAGCUGCAGAGAUUUGAUCUCUUGUGCGGGCUCAAGAGGACUGAAGGGAAAACGUGGGGAACCAAAGGAUGGGAUCGGAAGGAGAAAUGAUCAACCUUCAUGCCUCUAGUCCUGGCUCUGGGCCAGAAAAUAUAAUCAACAUAAACCAUUACGCUACGAAGAAAAGCGUGGCGGAGAGCAUGCUGGAUGUGGCGCUGUUCAUGGCCAAUGCCGCCCAGCUGAAGGCGGUGCUGGAACAGGGGCCCUCCUUCCAAUAUUAUGCUGCCCUGACGGCGCUCAUUGCCAUUUCCCUGUUCUUCCAGACAGCCAUUGGGAUCCUCCUUAUAGUGAUGGCUCGGUUGAACCUGAACGAUGUGGCGAAACAACAGCGCCUGAACUUGCUCAACAACAUCGCCACCGUCCUGGUCUUCAUCACGGUCAUUGUCAACAUCUUCAUUACGGCCUUCGGUGUGCAGAAGACAGGGCUCUAUCCAAGUUAUGGUCGGAGACUGUACUGA